UAUAUCCCUUGAUGAAUUUGAGCAAAGAUACCGAGGGUCUUACCUAAAUACAAAAUAAAUAUUUCUUGACAAAACACAAAUUAAAUAUGAGAAUAUAGUCUUGUUAAAUAGAAAAAUAUUACUUUUUACCAGAAUUUUAGCCCUGAGGCCUAAGAAGCUACGCAUUUUGUGUCUGGCGCAGUGCAGAGUGGGCACACAUUGACCGCUAAAGCUGCUAGACUCCGUCCUGAAUGGCUUACCAGCAGAGUCAUGCGCCGCAUCUGCAUCCCAGCUAAUAAUUUAAAACCAUAAAACAACAUGAAAAUGAAUACGGAUCGAUUCAAUCUCACUGUUGACGAAUACUUAGCUGAAACGAAUGUCCUCUUCUAUCUCAACGAUGCAGUCACACAGCUGCUUGAACAUAAAGAGGAAUACAGUCAGUUUGGUCUGGUCCGAUAUUUUGCAGAAUAUUUUACCAGUGUGAAGAAUGGGAAUCAUGUGCUCUUCAGAGAAUUCAGUUACAUCAAGGCGACUCCUCAUAACAGAGAGUCUUUCAUCCAUAUAUUCUGGAAAUGCUUCAGACAGAUUGGCAAAAAUGGGGAUCUGUUGGCAAUGUCAGAAUACAGUUCACUUUUACAGCUGUUAUGUCCUGACUUUCCUACUGAGAUGGUACAAAAUGCAGCCAGGAUUGUCCUGAUAGAUGAUGCCACGGACUGUCUAAUGUCAUUCUCAGAUUUUAUUUAUUCAUUCCAGAUUCAGUUCUAUUAUGAAGAGUUUGCGGAGAGUGUGUCUGUGAUUUACCAAGACCUGCUGUCGGGGAAGAACCCGAACACUGUCAUAGUCCCGACCUCCACCUCGGUGGAGCAGUUAUCCAGCGCAGCCAACGAGGAGCCAGACACUCAAGAAGGCGUGGACUCCUCCGUCUUUUGUGAAUGUAUUGAGGGACUUUGUGAGAGGUUCAAGCACAAGUUUCCUUCCACUGUUGCCAUUAAGGAGAUCUUAGAGAGCAGUCAGUCAGUGUCUUUCUGUGGCUUCCUGAUGGCCUUGGCAAAACGAGGAGUAAACCAAGACAUCGGUGCUCUUCCCAAUAAAUCGGACCUUCUGAUUGAUCCAGAGAUGGACCAGGAGCUGGAGAGACUGUGAGAGAGACGGACUUGCUUCAAAGAGUAUAUUACAGUCACUUGCUGGUUAACUAUAAACCGCCUGCUAUUAAAAGAUGGAGAGCUUACCAACAAUCUUUUUAUGUUUAACUAAUGUUAUUAAUCUAAUGUAGUAGCAUUUGACGCUAUAUUUCUGUGAUUGUUCCAGCAUAGCUCAAGUCGCCAUCAGCCCGGACG